AUGGUGCAUAGUUUUCUUGGCUCGACAGUGAUACCGUUGAAUGCUGGUUGUAAAAGGGAUAUUGAGAAUUUGUUAGAAGCUUUUAAAAAGGAAGAAUCGUUAUCUUUUGAUGCAUUUUCGAAGUGCUUCCGUAAAGUUGAUUUUUUCACUGUAUUUAUGGGACGGAUCAGUGGUGCUGAAUUGGUAGAGUUUAGUGAGAAAUUGCUUCAAAUGGCUAUUUCUUAUGCUAUGUCGUUUCGGGAACGUCAUCCGGUAACUUAUGUCAGGGAUGCUGUUGAUUCAGCAAAUGCAGUAAAUGGUUUGAGUCUUUUAGAAUUGAAUGUGUGGCGGUAUUUUAAUGUGGUCACUGAGUUGACGAAACAGUUUCAGAUUAAUAAGCGGAUUUUUGGCUUGUAUUUAACUUACUCGUUGUACUAUGUGCAGCCUGGAAAUUAUGUUUCCGAAAUACGGGUUACUCCGGAACAAGCUCACGAUCUCACAACAUUUUUUGAAGAAAUUCUCCUUCCUGGAUGCUACUAUGAUGCAAUAUUAGCAUAUUUUAGACUGGUGGCAUUUGGCGCUUUCAGCAUUGUAGCUUACGAGAAAGAGCACAACCCACUACUUCAUAGGCGUUUUGACAGUAGUCUACUGGAUGAGGGGAUAGUGCCGCAUUUUGAAGAGCUUAGUUUGUUGAAGUCAUUUGCCAACGACCCAUUGUUCACACAGACAGAUCUCAUUCACAAACGAUAUCAGAGCGCGAAACGAGAAUGUGUGGCAUUUGAAACUUCUCUAGUCGGCGUUAUAAAACACAGUGUCAUUGAUCUUUACAAAGAGGUUUGUGAAACGAGAAAUUGUUUCCCGAGACUCUUUAGCAUACUUACCCGCAAACGAGCCACUAAGGAUUUGGCCCUUGAAAAAGGUGUACUUGAAGGAGCACAGCAGCGAGAAGAAAGCACGACGGAGACCCGUGUGGAGCAGUCUCCUUCACAGGUGCUGCUUGAACGGUUUUGUAUCUCGAAGCUUUCUCGUUCUUCUCUGAAAGAAAGAGCGUACAGAAUGAAGUCGUUGCAUCCCCGUCACAGGAGACACCGAGCAACUUCCAGUCAAGUUGUUUCUACUGCGCCGUGCGAAAACGUUGCCACUGGUGCUGGAACGAGUCGAGGUGUUGAAAAUGAAGUUUUUGGUUCUUCCAAAGAUUUGAACACUACUUCUAGUAGAGGGGCUGAUACUUUCGGCCGUACCGAUACACAACGCAGACGAACGAAACAAAAUCGGUUUAAAAAGGCUGAGAGUCAUUUAAAGGGUUUAAUCAUUUUCUGUCUGGCGUUUUUGAAAACUCAGGUUAACGGCUCCAAAGAUGUUCUGCAAGCUGCUUCCUCAUUUUCGGUCAAUUUUCGGUUACUAGAAUUCGAUAUAUAUAAGCACACAGCUCUGCGAAUGCGAGUGGGAGAACUGAAGUGGGGCAGAAUCAACCAAGGCGAACAAGUGCAGCCAAUUAUGAUUCACUAUCUUUUCAGAAGACAGCGUCAUUCUAGUGGAGAUAUUGACCCUGCAAAUCAGUAA